AUGUCCGGUGGCCACAAUAUCUGCUUUGGAAUAUUGCGAAGCGAUCGCAACAGUAUGGCGAACCACGUGAGACGACACUGUUUCCCCUUGGAGACAUUUACUUGUGACACCGCCAAAAUUGAAGCUUUUUACUGUAAACACUGUGAUUUUAAGACGGAACUAACAAUUCUAAAGGAUAUAUCUGGCCAGGAUUUCUUGGUACAAAACUACGUUUGCAAACAAUGCGACUUUGAAACAAGUCUGUCGUUGAAGUGGCUUCAGCAUACUUCAGAAUGCACGGGUACGAAAAAAAAUCUUCAAAGUGUGAGUUCUUUGAAAGAGAGUGCCACAUGGAGUUCCGACUUCAAGCAAACUGAGGAAACACAUUGGCAUCACUGCGCCGAAUGUCCCUACAAAAAUAAAAUAAAAAGAUAUCUUAAACGCCACAUUAAAAAUAGGCAUUCGAACAAACGAAUUCACUUAGAUGAACAAGAUAUUGAAUGGUACAAGUGCCAAAAAUGUCCAUUCAAGACGAAAACAAAAUCUAAUUUAAGACUGCACACAAACAGCUUACACUUGAACGACGAAGACGUUAAGUGGUACAAAUGCAAAAAGUGUAGUUUCAAAACUAAGCAUGAAAGAUACUUAAAGGUACACCUACGUGCGAAACAUCCAGAUGAAGAAAAAAUUAAAUGGUACGAAUGUGAAAUUUGCCCAUUCAAAGCCAAAUUGCCGUCGUACUUAAAAAAACAUGUAAUUUAUCAACAUUUGGAUGAAAAAGAAGGUAAGUGGUACGAAUGUACGACCUGUUCAUAUAAAAGUAGAUUUGGGGCCAAUUUAAGAAGGCAUGUAAAGAUCCAUUUGAAGAUCGAAUCGUAUCAGUGCGACUACUGUUCAUAUAAGACGAAAUACAGUUAUUAUUUAAUGAGUCAUAUAAAUAGUCGUCAUAAGAAUAGAACAGAUGUUAAGGAGUAA